AUGUUUGUUCUGAUGCUUGCUCUUCUCUUUGGUCUCAGAUAUGACAAGUUCAAGAAGAGGGUAGUGUCAAGUGGGUACUUUCUUUGGUUGACUAUUGGCUAUGGAGUUGGUCUGUUACUGACAUAUCUAGGCCUGUAUCUAAUGGACAUACAUGGCCAGCCUGCGCUACUCUUCAUAGUUCCCUGCACUCUAGGAUGGAGACCAGCCAUCACAGUGAAGCAGAUUCUUGUCGGUAUUCAAGAUUUACUUGAUACACCUAAUCCCGGUGACCCUGCACACACUGAUGGUUAUCAUCUCUUCAUUCAGGAUGUAGUUGAGUACAAGAAAAGGGUUAAGCUGCAGUCCAAGCAGUAUCCUCCAAUUGUCUAG